AUGCGAUACCUUUUUGUGUUUUCCCUGGCCAUCCUGGCCACUCUUGUGCCCCUGGCCACAGCGCAAUCCUCCUCGUCAAGCACCAGCAGCUCCGCUUCAAGCAGCACGGAAGCAGCAACCACCACGGAGACGGUGACAACUGCCUCCACGGAGGCAGUAACCACGGACACUGCAUCAACCACGGCCCCGGUAUCAACCACGACCACAUCUUCAUCUACAUCAGCAGCUGGAUCUGAAACUACCGGAAGGCCUCCCCGUGAUUGUGGCGGUGGACGAGGUGGCAGAGGACGUGGCGAGGGCGGUCGUGGAAGGGGCAGGCGGGGAGGUGAUGACGGCGAAAGAGGAGGAGGACGCAGAGGCGGCGGCCGCAGUGGAGGCGGUAGACGCAGUGGAGGCGGACGCUCAAAUGGUCGCUCCAGUAGUCGUGGAUCUAAUGCAAGGCGUGGCCAGAGAUCCAAUCGCGGCUAA